AUGGUUGUAAUUCGGAAAUGAUUUUAUAAUUUGAAGAUGUUAGUACGAAUUCGAUCGUCGUUGAUACAUGCUGUCUUCGUUUUAUCUUAUUUACGCGACGAGAACUAUGCGGAAAAUACGAACGAAUUUGUUGGACCCGUGCGAAACUUGAGUGUGAAAUUUCUACAAGAUUUGAAUUACUAUAAAGAGAAGCAAGAUGCGUAUAAUUUCUUAAAAUUGAACGUAUCUUGGUUGCCACCGAAUAGCGCUAAGCAGCCGUCUUCUUACAGCGUCAUAGUCACAGGGAUAUCGAUAAGGGGAGAGGCAGGUGUCACGGAAUGCCCGAAAGGAUCAUUUUUCUCUAUAUUAAAGGGUAACGCAAAACACAGCGUAGUGUUCCCUGAAUACAAUGAUUCGUUUAACAUCCCAGAUCUGUAUGUACGACCUAAUUGUUCGUACAAGGUACGAGUCUUUGCCAAUCCAAGAUCGAGAUAUGUGCUAAACACGCCGGAAGUCCUGUAUACAGUUCCAAGUAAUUGUGUCAAUGCCAAAGCAACACUGCCAAUUCCAAAAGUAAGCAUUUCUCAAAGGGAAGAUAAGAUUGUUGUGACUUGGGGCCCUUCGACGUUUAACACGUCUGACGUUCAGUAUUAUAAAAUCAGCGUUGGUAUACCACUCUUUCUAUCGAAGAAAGGAUUACCCGUUUAUAAUAUGACGGAAUUAGCACCAAUACCUGCGAGUCGAACUAUAUUUUCAUGGGAUUUGAAAGCUAAUGAUCAGCGCGCAAAAGUUAAAAAUGGCUACAAAAUAGCAGUCAAUGCUGUCGAUCGUCAUGGAUGCACUGGAUCAGAAGGAGAUAUCGUUAUACACUCGGUAUCAUCGACGAACCGUAAUAUACGGCUCGUGUUAAUUGGAAUAUCGACUGGUUGUAUUCUGUUUGGAAUUGCAAGCUUCCUAUUGUGUCGUAACUGUAAUUUCUUCUCUGUAGUACGUGAAAGUAGUAAGCCUGGAAUGCGUGCAGUUUCUGGAUACAAAUGUAAAUUGGCAAGAACGAUGCUUCAGGUGUACAACACUUUGUACGUCAAAUACGAAUCAGAGGAAGGUUCGUGCAUAGUAGAUACGGACAAUUUGAAAGUGCCGUUUAAAAGUGUAAGACUGAUGCGUGAAUUAGGUACUGGACAGUUUGGAAAAGUAUAUCUCGGUCAUUUGGAUGAUAAAGAUGAAACUUUAGUCGCUGUAAAAAUGUCUCGACAAAUAGAUAUAUCCAAGGACUGUGAAACACGGCGGGAAUUUAUAAAAGAAAUUGAAAUAAUGAGAAUAGCUGGGAAUCAUCCUCAUUUGGUAAGCCUCGUAGGCUACUGCAUUCAACCGGCAGAACCAAUAUGUAUCGUGCUUGAAUAUAUGCAAGGUGGAGAUUUGUUAACCUAUCUGCGCGAUCAAAGGAACCAACAACAAUUUUUGCGCGACUCUGUGUACUCUGCCAUGCAGAACGGAACAAAUAAUUACGAGUCCGACCGAUGUACAAACAUUGCCAAUAAUCGUGAAGAAGGAAUCGACGUUUCAAAAACUUUGUACGCUACGAUGUGUUCUGUGAUACGGAAUAAAAUAAAUAGUUUCGAAUCUAGACGAUAUACAAACGUUGCUAGUAAUUGUGGAGAAGCAACGGAUAACGAAGGAAGUUGGAUUGGUAGAAUAAAAGGGCAUCAGUUUUUAAAAUUUGCUACAGAGAUUGCCGCGGGUAUGGAGCACUUGGAAGCUAAAAGGAUUACUCACAGAGAUCUCGCGGCGAGGAAUAUUCUUCUCGGUGCAAACUUGACUGUCAAGGUAUUCGAUGUAAAGUUUUUAACAUUUCUAAUUUCGUUUAGCCGAAUAUCUUUAACAAGGUCUAACAACGACAUUCAGAUCUCUGACUUUGGGCUUUCUCGCAAUGGUAUGUACGUAAUAAAAAACGCGGAAGAAAAGACGCAUCAUCUGCCAAUUAGGUGGAUGUCGCCAGAAGCUUUGUACAAAUUAGCCUUCUCUUCGAAAAGUGAUGUGUGGUCUUUCGGAGUGGUACUCUGGGAAAUUUGUACGUUAGGCGAUUUUCCUUAUGCGAACGUGCAAGAUGAUCGCGUAUUCCGUCACAUCGUUCACGAGAACGGACGUUUGGAACAACCAGACAACGUUCCUCCGAAUGUUUACAACUUGAUGCAAUCUUGUUGGGUUACAGAGUGUGAGAACAGACCAAAUUUUACGCAAUUGCUCUCCGAGCUACGAAUUCUAACCGCAUCCUUCGUUCGCAAUUCAUUCCGAACGAUACCUAACCCCUGUUACGCGCUGGCAGCACUGCCGGACAAAAUUACAUAA